AAGAGCCACAGUCAAGUUCAAGUGGUCUGCAGUAGUGGAGGAUUGUUGAAGUUAUUGAAGAUGGGCAAGCGAGUGGCUGUAGUUCUGGCUGGUUGCGGAGUUUUUGAUGGAAGUGAGAUCCAUGAGGCUUCUGCGGUGUUGGUUCACCUGAGUAGAGGCGGUGCAACUGUGAAAAUGUUUGCUCCUAACGUCGACCAGAUGCACGUAGUUGACCAUCUGAAGGGUGACCCGACGGAGGAGAAGAGGAAUGUGCUGGUGGAAAGCGCCCGGCUGGCAAGGGGCGAUAUUCAGGAUUUAGCGCAGCUCAAAGUUGACGAACUCGACGCCGUUAUAUUUCCAGGUGGGUUUGGUGUUGCCAAAAACCUUUGUGACUGGGCAGUGAAAGGAAAGGACUGCAGUGUCCAUAAUGAAGUGGAGUCUGCUUUGCAGGCUUUCCACAGUGCCAAGAAGCCUAUUGGCCUGUGCUGCAUUUCUCCUGUAUUGGCUGCUAAAGUCAUCUCUGGCUGUGAAGUGACUGUGGGAUGUGAUAACAAUGAUGAUGGCAGGUUUCCCGAUGCAGAGACGGCUGGUGCGAUAGAGAAACUGGGCUGCAAACACAUCUGCAAGGAGGUGACAGAAGCUCACGUGGACGAGAAGAAUAAGAUCGUCACGACCUGCGCGUUCAUGUGCAAGGCGCCUCUCCAUGAGAUCUUUGAUGGUGUUGGUGCAAUGGUACAGGAAGUGUUGAAACUCGCUUAAAGUUUUCUGGAGCCGUUGGAAUGAAGCCUUUGGAAAGUACACAGACAUGAUCUGUCUUGCCCACUGGAAUUGAAAAGCAUCUAAUAAAACUAAAAGCAAC